CCAAUACAACUCAAACCAUUUCCAGCACCAGCAACGGCACAGUAACCCGGCAAUGCUAGAUGGUCGCAUGUAUAUGAGCGCAAAAGAAUCCUAUCCAAUGAUGAUGUUCAGUUUGCUACGAUACGAACCAAAGAAGGAAGAAGCGGUUCGACGGCGGCAGAAACUUGAGGAGCGAGGAGGCGGUGGAACGCAAUUCUUCAUAAUGCCAUCACGGGAUUGGAGAGGUAUUAGUUACCGGGCACUCCUGCAACCUGUYCCUACCCACAAGGAUGAUGAAUCAUUGCCACCCGACGAAAGCAAGCACGCACAAGUUGUUACUUCUACGGCUACUACACCAACUAGGAGGAAUAAAAACAACCAGAGGGUACUCUUCGAUCGCUUUGCACCSAGAAGGAAUGGAUCRAAAGGAUACGAUGCUUCCGAUCCAACUGCUGAUUCCAAGGAGAGCGAUGRCGAAACAASUCCYCAGGAAUCCAAUGAACUCAAUGUUGAUUCCGACGAGGAAGAUGAAAGAAUGGGUGAUGAUACGUAUGUUGCGGGUUUGUUGGAUGACCCUGAAAUGGUACAGGGUCGACAUCGAAAUGUCAUGAUUGGUGACCGUGGAGUCGGCCCAAUUGUUUCCUCAACGAUACAAUUUGUCAAGCCAAAACUGYUAAAGGCUGAUCUAAACAAGCAGUUUAGGGAACGAUUCGAUGGAUACGAGCCACCGGAAUCACAGAGAAAAUUCAUAAAGGCAAAGGUCGUAGAUGGAAUUUACACUCUCAUGGAUCCGACCCAAGAGCUUGGUGGCGAAGAAGACGAUUGCAGCAGCAUGAAGGACGACGAUAACGAYACUAUAGAAACGAAUACUGGAGGAACUUUGAAUACGCCGACCACUAGAGCGACCAGUGUAUCAUCUCAAUCGAAGAGUAACAACCAGCGGUUCCACCGGAGACGACUAGGUAGCACCUCCAGCGCGAGUCUGUCAACAGGAGGGGGGGUUGACGAAGCUGGAAGUGAAGGGGAUAGAGAAACGAUUCGAAUGCCGCCUUCUUUGACGCUUUCGAAAAUCCGUUCCCUCAAGCAGCAGGCACUUGCUGCGGCAGUCCGAGCCAAAUUGGAAAUCAGCACGGUUGCUUUGGCGAUCAUAUAUUUCGAAAGACUGUGCUUGGAUUGUCGAGUCGAUAAAUCCAACCGUCGGUUGUCGUUUGCAGCAUGUUUACUUCUAGCAAUAAAGAUCAACGAGGUAAGAAAUUCCUCAGCUUGUGGGAAAUAGCGUUUUCCAAAAGUUGUCUUUCUCAGAGACAAGCAACUCACAACUCACAACCUCAAUUCCCAUUCUCUCUUCAAAAGGCACACGUUGGCAUUAUCAUUACGAAAGCCAUCGAAGAUUCCUCUACUUCCAAGAAGUCCAAGACCUCUCAACGGAUCAAAUCAUUAAUUCGACCAACCAAAAAGUCCUCCAAUAUGUUUGCUUCCCUUCUUGUGUUUUUUACCGAAGACUGGAACAUUUCACUCAA